GGCCAUAUUUAUUUUCAUGUCGUGUAUACCGAGAUUUAAAAACAGCAAUGUUAGACUAAUUUCCCUGAUGAUGAAAGGCGUUUUCCUCUUCGCAGUUUCAUUUUGUUUGUUUCUUGGUGCAAACGCUGAAGCCGAUCAUGCCGAUGAAGGUCGCGAUGCAGAUGGUAUGGAGGUGGGUUCGGGUGGCGUGUUUUGUAAAGCUGUCGGCCGUUCUGGGAAAAUCAUGUGCGCUCGUCCUCAGACGGGGAAAAAACAAGAUUACAGCGAGAAAAAUUCCAAUCGCAUCGUUAUCGAGUUUGACAGUUUGCAAGAGAGGAACAGUGGUGGCAACAUGGUAGGAAAAGCCAGGAAGAAAGGACAUCAUUUUGAUUCGUUUGCUGGUCAAGACUUUACUUUCGCCGGCUUGAAAGAAGUAACGUAUCAAGGACUUCAUGCGAAGAAUUUCAAUUUCUCUUCUUUUCUGUCCGGACCAAAUGCAACCUUCACAGUUUUAGCUUACAUGUUUGAAGAAUCGGGAAACAUUACGUUCGGAAACGAGACUUCAGAGAUGAGGAAGGGAAUGCUGAAGUUUAACAUUCAGAUUGACGGCUGGAAGUUUUGCUCCAAUUCAAGUGAUGACUGCGAGAGCGCUGAUCGAGGAGAAUUUAUAGACGUUGCUUUAGCCGUCAAAAGCAAAGGAAAACCAAAGUUUCGUUCUGAAGAAGAAAAAGAAAAGCUGUUAAAGAUAGUUCGCCACGGGCAACACUCUAAACAUGGGGAAGGAACGGGGUCUCACGACAAUGAUGGAGCUGGAGAACAAGAAGGUUCGCAGGAAUACCGUCCUAAGUGCUUAAAAAGGUGGAAGUAUAAAAAAUGUCCUAAGGAGUUUGAUAUCGGAGGGGGAUCAGACAUGAUGCUCAGCUCACAGGUGAUGGUGGACGACGUUGUGAUGGAUAUGCCUGGGAAUGGUGACUAUCCCAAGUAUAUGGAAUUCCGAAACAAGCAAAAAUUUAUCUUCCGAUUUCCGAAGGCUGUGAGUAAGAUCUUUUAUGAUCCAGGCCUUGAGGUAGGAGUGGAGUCUGGCAAGGAGAACAUCAUGCCCCGAGAAUUUGUUGUCCUGACUUUCGUUACUUUACUAGCUGACCUUUUCACUUUCUGAAGAAAGAAACUUUCCACUUUGGAUUCAGAUACAGAGACAAUUACUUUCAGUACUUUUUAACUACGUUUCCAGUGAGAAAAUGAGUUAAGUUUCAUUUUUAUGGUUUGGUCAUCCUUCUUUUAAAGUUAUGCUCACAUUAAAGUAUUGAAAAUUAAGCGAA